GAUCUGCUAAAUGGUGUGGCGUUUCAUAUCAUUUUGGCUUUUGCACAUCCGAAGCACGAAUAACAACUUAACCCUUUCAAAGUGCUAUUCAAAAAAUGCAGAUUUGCGAAAGAAGAUUCGUAAUUCCACAUCAYGACCUCGUGACCCCCUGACAUUUACACGUCACUAGUAGAGUUGUCAUAGUAACUUUCACAGUCAAAWAGGAGAUGCGAAUCUCGUUUUUACAGAWCAAGCGMAAACGUUAAAGCGAUCCACMAAGAAAGCUUCACUGAAUUUCCAYUAUGGCUGCGAUGAAAGUAUUUUGGUUAAUAACGCUCUUGGUGGUGGCUGAAGAAGCAAUGGCGGGAGUUUUCUGGGAGACCAAAGACAAGGCAACAGAACGACUUCAAAUAAUUCCACCAUCUGAAGAAACGGCGAAGAAGAUGGAGCUAUUCCUGUUUGAGCGUCCCUCAUUUCGUUUGGUUAAGCGCUCCAUUAAAAGACCAGAAGACGUCCUCUUCAUCAUCGAUUCGUCAAAGUCAGUACCAGAGGCAAACUUUACACGGGGAAUACGAGCUUUACAAAACCUUGUUACCAAGUUUCGGCCGAACACCAAAUUUGCCGCCAUAUUGUUUUCGACCAAAGCAAAAGUUAUGUUCAAGUUUGUCUCGCCUCAGAAAGCAGUAAAAAACCUCGCUGGUAUUCGAUAUCAUAGCGGCUUUACGAAUACACAGGCCGCUUUACGAAAAGCUGGUAGACUAUUCGCAAGCAAAAARUCUGGCGCGAGGGGAUAUGCUAGCAAACGAAUCUUCAUUUUGUCUGACGGACAGUCGAAUAUCAAAAAACAAAACACUCUGUAUCUGGCGUAUUUGUUGAAGGAUAUGGGAGUUGAAGUUUUCGUCAUGGCUGUCGGUCAGCGCAUAGAAGGAAUUAACGAGCUGGCAAUGGUUGCAACAUCUACAGAUAAACACUUAUACAGAGUCGGUCAAAUGGAGGAGUUUAUAAAAGUGGUCAACGAAAUUCCCAAUGACCCGAGCUACGAUAAGUUUAACUCCAGGCGUUAAGCGAAUAGCUUUACGAUGUUUAUAGYCAAACUAUUUAGCAAGAGUUAACUAGAAUAAAUGGGGGCGACACUGAAAAAGGGGUGGAUGACCUCGGAAAAAAUAAAACAUUCUAUUACAACGAGAUCAGAUCAUAUGGCAGAUGGGAAAUGGCCACAAUGGCUAAAUGUUGACUGAUAAUCACUUUAUCCUAAAACGGAGGGUAGCUUUAUAACUUUAAACGAUACAACGAUAAUCCACAUCCUUAAGCAAAGAGUCGCCCUUGUAUAAUGGGCUAUAUGUAUAGAUAUGAACAUUUUGUGAUUUAAUUGAACCUUAYAUAUCGUGUACAUAAUGUCAAUAAUUGCAAACAGUUCCCAAAGCCUUUUUAGCUAUAUGCAUGAAAAGUACGACAAAAAAAUGUAUGCCUAAAUAAUAAGAGAGAUAUGGAGAGAAGUAUAAUAGUAAGGGAUAAAUAAAAAUUGAAUAAAUACAAGGACAUGACAGGKAAAAAACUCGCUACUGGAGAAUUGCACCUUUACCGAAUGAAUUAUGUGUCAUGCCUAAGACCAUAUCACAUAAUCACAUUGUCUGGAAAUUGAACCCAAGGAUUAAAAGUAUCAAGAAAAGUGCUGAAAUACCCUUCAAAUACGAAUCCCCAAAAAUAUUCUAGUAUUGCGUGAGCUAGACAUCAUUCCGGCCCUUCAUAGUUCAUAGUUCAUAUAGUACAGGGCAAGACUUACUUGCAUGAUCGAAGUCUGAGGGUUUCGUAGAAGAUUCUUGAAGGCGCGUCCAGAAACGUAAUAAAGCUAUUGAAAAAAUU